GAUGUCCGCUUUGCAGAGAAUGCAUGGACCCUCUGCCGGUAUUGCUAAGAAUGCGCCCCUGCACGCACGGCUGACUUGUAAAAGUGCCAAAACAUCGGACAAGAAGAAGACACGGACGCCGAAGGACGCCGACGAACGGACGGACGUCCCCACGGGCGGCCUCCACGACACAGACUACUUGACGGCUGGAAACUCGGUGACACUCCAGCACGAGGCCGAUGGACGCUCGCGUGCUCUUUUUUUUCUCCCCCCAAUGGCGGGCGGGCGGACGGACGGACGUCAGUCGUCGUCCACGUCGUCGCCGUCCGACUCGUCCCGCCUGUCGUACAUCUUGUCCCGGUGGCGCUCCUGUAUCUCCUUCAUGGCGUCGGCGUAGCGGCUGAAGGCUCCGCCGAACUUGGCCCAGGCCUUAAAGGGCACCGUGAUGGAGUUCCGGUAGCUGGGCUUGACCUCGCUGACGCGCAAGAAGACUCCGUACUUGUUGGAGCCCACGUCGAAGAAGAAGCGCUUGGAAUCUACCAUGAUGGAAGUCUUCUCCGGGAGCUCGGCGUAGCCUCCCGCCGCCACGCCCCCGCCGGCCAGCUCGUCGUCGUCGCCGCCGUAGUCGUCGAUGAGCUUGGCCAGCGCGUCGCGGAACUCGAUCAGGCCUUGCGCCGGAAGGGCUAUGGUCUGGCCGGCCAGUAUGCCGCCGCCGCCCCCCGCGGGGCCCCCGAAGCCAGAGCCCGGCCCCCGGUUGAGCGUCUGGCGGAUUCGCAGGAACCUCCCGCGCUGGUUCUCCUUCAAGUCCAAGUAGUACUUUCGGUUCUCGCGCACCAGAAACUCGCUCUUGAGGGCUCGCCGCGGACCUCCGUCGUCGCCGGCAGAAGCCUGCGCUAUCUGCUCGGGGCUGCUGGGCCCCAGUUGGGCGUAGUGCUCGAUGAAGUCCCCGAGGUAGUCGCGCACCUCGGCCGCCACUGACAGCGACAGGGUCAGCCGACUUUUGGAGCCUCCCGCCCCGACCUCGGCGAUCUUAAUGAAGCGGCCCUUGCUGUUCUGCUUGACGUCCAGGUAGAAACGUUUAUUCUGGAUGUCCAGGCGCUUGGAGGCCAGCUCCUGGGUCUCCUGUUCGCGCUGAAAGUGCUGGAAGCCACCGCUGCUGCCGCCGCGCUCGCUCCCGCUAUCGCCGUCCGCCAUGUUCAGCUUCUGCCCAUCUCCUCCUCGUCGGAGCUCCGGCCAACGCGCGCCGCCUUCACGCUCACGCUAACCGGGGCCGAGCUCAAAGGGAGGCUCGCUAUUGGCCGAGCCGCCCGCCGGUCACCCGGCUACGGUCUUUUCAUUGGCUGGCGCUUUUUGUCACUCAUGCUCGAGAGGCCGCUUCCGCUUGCGUUCUUCCCCACACUAUUUUUGGCCUCUCGUGCCUCCCACCCGGCUUCGACGUCUUUGCGUGACAUCACGUUUUCCAAAGUAGACGUCGUGCCGCGAAAAUGACCACUUAACGACAUGGCGGUUUAACGUUUGCUCGCCAUGCCUUUUCCCUCUUUGAAGCAACACGUGGCGCUCAUUUGCCGCCAGGGGGCAGCAGAGUUCCGCAUACCUCACCCUGCAAGUAUCCUCAUUGCUCCAUCCCUGUUUGUCAAGAGGACACUGGAGUAAACUCAUUCACUGUCAUUGACGGCGACAGCGGUCCAAUCAUUUCGGAUAGGCAGAACUCCCAGUUAAAUGGAAUGGACGUCCUUCCCCGUCGAUGGAACAAACAUGAAUUCAAACGGAUUGAUUGGACGUCCAUCGCUGUCAAUGGCACAAUAACAUGUUCUUUUUUUUUUUUUUUUUUUUUUGUUAUGUAAGUUAAAUUACUUUAUUUUUUUUAAAUUUUUUUUAGAAAUAUACAGUUCAAACACAAUUUUUAAAAAAUGAAGUCUGAUCAUUCUUUUUUACUUAUUCUUAAAUAAAAUAUUCUUAAAAUCAAGCCAAAUUAUAGACAAAAAAUGAAUGAUAUGUGAUUAUUCACUGCACUUAAAUCAUUCAUUGCCGUGGACGGCGACAGACGUCCAUUCCAGUAGUAGGACUGCUAGAUCUUUCCCAGUAAAAAUGGAUUGGACGUCUAUCAACCUCUUUGCCAAGGAUACAUGAUCUUGUUUUUUAAUGUGAAAUAUGUAACAUACUUUUUCAAUAUACACAAUAUUUUGUAAAACUUAUUUUUCCUCCCUUUUAUAUAAAAUAUAAUAAUUUUAAAAAUAUGUAAAUAGUAGGGCUGUCAAAAUUAUGGCGUUAACGGGCGGUAAUUAAUUUUUUUAAUUAAUCACGUUAAAAUAUUUGACGCAAUUAACGCACGGCUCAAACAGAUUAAAAUGACAGCAGUGUAAUGUCCGCUUUUUAAUUGUUUUUUGGUGUUUGGCGCCCUCUGCUGGCGCUUGGGUCCAAAUGAUUUUAUGGGUUUGGGGAGUGAGCAUGGUGUAAUUAUUGACAUCAACAAUGGAGAGCUACUAGUUUAGUUUUUGAUUGAAAAUUUUACAAAAAAAAAACGAGGGGUUUUAAUAUAAAAUUUCUAUAACUUGUACUAACAUUUAUCUUUUAAAAACUACAAGUCUUUCUAUCCAUGGAUCGCUUUAAGAGAAUGUUAAUAAUGUUAAUGCCAUCUUGUUGAUUUAUUGUUAUAAUAAACAAAUACAGUACUUAUGUACUGUAUGUUGAAUUUAUAUAUCCGGCUUGUGUCUUAUCUUUCCAUUCCAACAAUAAUUUACAGAAAAAUAUGGCAUAUUUUAUAGAUGGUUUGAAUUGCGAUAAAUUACGAUUAAUUUUUAAGAUGUAAUUAACUCGAUUAAAAAUUUUAAUCGUUUGACAGCCCUAGUAAAUAGAUACAAAAAUGAAGCAUUAUCAAGUCAAGAACAAUACAGGGUAAAAUAAUAAUAUACUGUGGGUCGUGGUGGUGGAAUGUGGCCUGCAGUACCUAACAUCUCCAGCAGCCGACGCGCUUUCCCUUCAAGUUUUCCGAAGAAGACAGACGCGGAAGUGACCUAAUCUGUAUCAUCCCCACAAAAUGACAAACUAAAAAUAUAACUAAAUAUAUAAUAAUUUUUGGCGUUUAUAAUUUGUAAGCCCAGCCUGUAUGACUUAAAAACUUCUUCAGAACGAACUAUGUUGCCACUUAAACGACGAAAAGUGUCCUCCGCGAAUAGCGGGGCGUCGGCGAGUCACAGCCGGGAUGAAGCGUGCAAGUUCCCGCAGGUGGUUCUUUACCUCCUGGAGAGGAAGAUGGGGACCAGCAGGAGAAGUUUCCUCACCGAGCUCGGCAGGGGAAAAGGCUUCAGAGUUGACGAGAACUUCACUGAAAGUGUCACACACGUCAUCUCUGAGAAGAACUCUAGCGAUGAGGUCAGACGCUGGCUGAGUUCACGGGGUCACCAUGCCACGCCCGUUCACCUGCUGGAUGUGAGCUGGUUCACGGAGAGCCUGAGCGAGGGACGUCCCGUUGACAUCUUGAGCAGCCAUCGCCUGACGGACGAGCAGCCGCAACUGGAAUCGGGAGGAGAGCAGAUGGCAACGUUCUCCUUGCCCGUCUAUGCCUGCCAGAGAAGAACCGGCCUAAACCAUCACAAUGAAGUCUUCACCGAUGCCCUGUCGUUGCUGGCGGAAAACGCUGAGCUGUGCCAGGACGAGGGACGCGCCUUGGCCUUCCGCCGUGCCGCCGCCGCGCUCAAGGCUCUUCCAGAGCCGGUGACAGACGUCAGGCGGCUCCGAGGGUGUCCAUGCCUGGGCCAGCGCUCGCUAGCGGUCAUUCAGGACAUUUUAGAGAAUGGGACGUCCCAGGAAGCCGAAUCCACCAGGCGCUGCGAACGCUACCGGGCAAUGAAGCUCCUGACGGGAAUCUUUGGCGUGGGAGCCAAAACGGCAGAUCUCUGGUUCCGGGAAGGCGUCCGGAACCUUCCCCAAUUGCGCCGCUCGGGACGCAUCCUCAAUCGAGCGCAACGUGCUGGCGUGGCCCACUACGACGACCUGAUGCGGGGCGUGACCCGGGCAGAGGCCCACGCCGUGGUCCAGAUCGCCCGUGAGGCAGCGGUCGCAGAGCUGCCGGGUGCGCAGUUGACCCUGGCGGGAGGCUUCAGGAGGGGGAAGCCCAGUGGCCACGACGUGGACUUGUUGAUCACACAUCCGCAGGAGGGGUUGGAGGAAGGACUUAUUCCAAAAAUGGUGGCCCGCCUGGAGGCUCAGGACUUUCUUCUGUACCACAAGAGCAGCAAGAAGUCGAACUCGGGUUCUAGCGGGGCCUCCAGCAUGGACGGUUUUGAAAGAUGCCUGUGCAUCUUCAAACUCCCCGAGCCGGACGACGGCGGGCUAUGGCGAGCCAUCCGCGUGGACCUGACGGUGGUUCCUGCGGGCCAGUCGGCGUUCGCCCUGCUCGGCUGGACCGGCUCUAAGCUGUUUGAACGCGAGCUGCGACGCUGGGCGAGUCGCGAGAAGAACAUGUCGCUGAGCAGCCACGCUUUGUACGACAACCGGCAGGGUGAAUACUUGGAAGCCGCCACGGAGGAGGAGAUAUUUGCUCACCUCUCCCUGGAAUACGUACCGCCUACGGAGAGGAACGCCUGAAGAACCUUGGUGUCAGGUCGGUCAUGUCCACGGUUUUCUUUGGAGAAGGAAUAUGCCUUUUUGACUCUAAGAAUGACUUCAUGGUCCUCAAAAGGUUCUGGGUGGACAGAAUAUUGUGUUUUAUGUACAUAGUAAAUGAAAAUCUACCUGUUUUGGUUCUCUACUAGUCAGCAACAGUUAAUUGCAUUUAUUGAAAUGCUGCUAAGAAAGAUCAUGUCAUAUUGUUCCAGUAAAUAAAUAUAUUUAAACCAGUAUG